GGCCGCCGAGGCGCGGCACCUGGAGCUCCCAGAGCGGCCACCCGGAGUCUCUGGCCUGACCGACGGCACGCGAGGACCGGGAUCGCAGGGGAGGUGGGGCGGCCGGUGCCCCCCCAGCUCGAGCCCGAGUCGGGGGCGGAGGACGAAGCCCGGCCCCGCGCACGCCUGGCGCCCCAGAGCGCCCCUGCAGCUCGCAGAGCCCCUGCGGGGAUCACAGCCCCCCCCCCCCCCCCCUGGCAGGCACGCGUGGGGUGCGGCCUGCUGGGCACCUCGCUGCACCGCGUAGGGGGUGGCGGGAGCGGGUGGGACCCACGGCGACUGCGGGCGGGGGGGGGGGGGGCAUUCGGAUACCCUUGGACCAGACGGAGAGCCCGACCUUGGGGCUUUCGGGGGAACGCGGAAAACCGGGCUAGGGGACCUUCAACAGGGCUGCUCCCUAACUCCAGGAGCCUCCUGCAAACCCGAGGGACAGCCAUCCCCAGGAUUGCACCUCCCUCUGGUCCCUGCGCCUGGACCACGCCUGACCACCUGCCGCCUGAUGGCUUCAUCUGAGACGUGUGACGUGAGCCGAGCGGCCUCCACGCUCCAUUACUGCAUGACGGUCAGCGGCACGGUGCUUCUGGUAGCUGGGACGCUCUGCUUUGCUUGGUGGAGUGAAGGAGAAGCAGGUGCUCAGCCCGGCCAGCCGGCCCCUCCCACGGGGCAUCCGGUGCCUCAGGCCCCCAGUCCCCUGCUCAGGUCCGUCAGCUUCUUCUGCUGCGGUGCAGGCGGCCUGCUACUACUCUUCGGCUUGCUGUGGUCCAUCAAGGCCAGCACCCGGGGGCCUCCCCGAUGGGACCCAUAUCACCUCUCCAGAGACCUGUACUACCUCACUGUGGAGCCCUCGGAGAAGGAGAGCUACAGGAUCCCAAAGGUGGUUGGCAUCCCCACUUAUGAGGAGGCCGUGGGCUGGCCACUUGCCGAGGGGCCCCCGACGCCACCUGCCGAGGGGCCCCCGACACCCCCUGCGUACCCCGCGGAAGAAAGCCCGAAGGACUGUGCCUCCGGGGAUGCCCUGCGUGGGACCCAGCCCCCCUUGCCACCGCCCAGCUACGAGAGCAUCAUCAGUGCUGUCAACGGCCUCUCUGGAGAGACAGUCCCCGCCCCCGCGUGCUCCUGCCCAGGCCCGGCUCAGACGACAGUGGGGGGAGGCACACUCCAAAGCUGGAGACAGAUGAGCUUCUAGUGCAUAAUACAGUGCCUGGUACCCAGGAGGCGCCCAGCAAAUGUUUGUUGCUGAAUGCUGUUUUAUCGACCUACGGCUGUGUAACAAACGGCUUAAAAUAAAUCCAUUUUAUUCUC